AUGAAAGUUUUAAGAAGAUUAUAUAAUAAUAAUCCUAUAACCCUCAGCCAAAAAUAUAACAACCAAUGUGUUAUUAUUCUUUUUCAUUUGUUGGAAGCAUCUUUGUUCACAAUAAAAGUGUAUAUUAUUGAGAGAGAUGUUCUGCUCAUUGCACAGUAAAUACUCUUAAAGUUACUUACUUCUGUGCAGGUGUGUGUCAUACUCUUGGGUCUGUGCGAUUGUCUGACAAUGACAGCUGCUACCAUUUACUAUCCCAAAACUCUGCCAUGUGACGUGAGCGAAGACCGUAACAGCAGUGCUGUGACGGUGGACUGCACAGAGAGAGGCCUGGUGCACGUACCACCCGACAUCCCCAGAGAGACCACCAAUCUGACGCUCACCAUCAACCACAUCCACGAGUUCAACUCCAGCUCCUUCAGCGACCUGCACAACCUCACCGAGAUCGACAUGAGGUGCAACUGUGUGCCCAUCAAGAUCGGACCCAAAGACCACAUAUGUACGAGGAGCGUCAUCAUACAUGACGACACUUUCUCCACCUUGAGGAGUCUUCGUGCUCUCUACUUGGAUGGCAACCAGCUCUCAGAAAUCCCGAGAGGCCUCCCUUCUGACUUGAUCCUGCUGAGCCUGGAGGUCAAUCACAUCUACGAUAUCUCCAGAAAAAACCUCUCUGACGUCACCAAUGUCCAAAUCCUCUAUCUGGGUCAGAACUGUUACUACCGAAACCCCUGCAACGUGUCCUACAGCAUCGAGGAGGGCACUUUUGCACAUCUCAACAAUUUAACGCUGCUGUCCCUCAAGUCAAACAACCUAUCUUUCAUCCCACAUCAACUCCCGGCCACCCUGAAGGAGUUAUACCUCUACAACAACAACAUUGAGUCGGUCACAGCAGAGGACUUCAAGAAUCUCACCAACUUGGAGAUUCUAGACAUUAGCGGAAACUGCCCACGGUGCUACAACGCCCCUUUCCCCUGCACCCCCUGCCCAAAUAAUUCACCGCUUCGCAUCAACAGCUCGGCUUUCAAAAUGCUCACCAAACUGAAGACCUUACGUUUACGAAGUAACUCUCUGAGAAGCGUGUCGCCGAAGUGGUUCCACAGUACCAAAGAUCUGAGGGUGCUUGAUUUAUCUUCAAACUUUUUAUCAAGUGAAAUAAAGUCAACCAAUUUUCCUUAUUACCUCGGCAAACUAGAAGAAAUCGACCUCUCGUUUAAUUACGAGCUUCAGCAGUAUCCCCAAACUUUGAUUCUUAGCAAGAACUUUUCCUCCCUAAAGUCCCUGAAAAUUUUCAGAUUAAAGGGCUACAUCUUCCAGCAGCUGCCACCAGAGAGCAUCGAUCCUCUAAAAGCUUUAAAGAACCUGGAGAUUGUAGAUUUGGGCACAAACUUCAUCAAAAUGGCAAAUCUGAGCAUCCUCAUGGAACUAAAAAGUUUCAAAAUCAUCAGCCUCUCUGACAACAAAAUAUCGUCGCCCUCCGAUGGCCAGGAGAUGUUGGGGUUGCCCCCAAAGGUGACCGAGUUCUGGUCGCCAAUGUCGCCUGCCAUAGAGCACCAAAACAAUGAUGUCAGAGAGAUCCACUACUUUAGAUACGAUGAGUACGCACGCAGCUGCAAACAUAAAGAUAAAGAAGUGGGAGUCCUCCUCUCUUUUGUCAAACAAGAAUGCAGUGAUUAUGGGAAGACUCUUGAUGUCAGCAGGAACAACAUAUUCUUCCUGCAUAGUCGAUUCCUCAACCUCGGAGAGCUGCGUUGCCUCAACCUCUCCGGGAAUCUGAUGAGUCAGAGUCUGAAUGGUACAGAGUUCACCUAUCUCAGCAACCUUAAAUAUUUGGACUUCUCCUCCAACCGUCUGGACCUGCUCUACUCCACAGCCUUUCAGGAGCUGAAGAAGCUCACAGUCCUGGACAUCAGCCACAACAACCACUACUUUGAGUCGGAGGGCGUCACACACAUGCUUAAUUUUACCAAAAAUCUAAAGAAUCUGAAGAAACUGAUGAUGAACCACAACAAGAUCUCUACGUCCACAAACAAGGAGCUGGAAAGCGAGUCGCUGGAGCACUUGGAGUUCAGAGAUAACCGUUUGGACCUGAUGUGGCGGGACGGGGACAGCAGGUACUUCAACUAUUUCAAGAAACUAGUCAAUUUAGUUGUCCUUGACAUUUCUCACAACAGCCUCACAUAUAUUCCGAAGUUGGUCUUUAGCGGACUACCUGCCAAACUGUCAAAGCUCUACCUGAGAAACAACAAACUGAAGACUUUUGACUGGGAAAAACUAGAACUUCUAACCUGCCUGCAGGUGUUAGAUCUGAGUACAAAUCACUUGACCGAAGUGCCAGCCACGCUGUCGGCCUCUGCCAAGUCCCUGAAGAAGCUCAUCUUGCACGACAACCAGCUUGCCCAACUGACACCAGACUUCCUAAAAGGCGCCUUUAACUUGACACACCUGGACCUCAGUUUCAAUCUCAUCCAAUACAUUGAACAAUCCAGCUUCCCCGAUGAUGUGGUCAAUGGGAUGCAGACACUGCUUUUGAACAACAACAGCUUCCUUUGCACGUGUAGGGCCACUUCAUUCAUCAGAUGGCUCAACACAACCAAGGUGACCAUCCCAAGACUGGGCUACGACGUGACCUGCGAUGCGCCUGGCACACUGCAAGGUUCCCCGGUCAUCUCUGUUGACCUGCAGGCCUGUCAGUACAGCUACCUCUCCAUCUUACUCUACACUCUCAUGACCUCCUCCGUCCUCAGCCUACUCGUUCUGUCCAUCUCCAGCCAUCUCUUCCUCUGGGAUGUCUGGUACUUAUACCACUUUUGCUGGGCGAAGCUCCGUGGUUACAAACGUUUGCACUCUCAAAGCAACGUCUUUGACGCCUUUGUUUUAUACGACAAAGACGAUCCCGCUGUGUCCGAGUGGGUUUGGAGGGAGAUGUCCACUAACUUGGAAGAGCGUGGGGACCGAAGACUGACACUGUGUCUGGAGGAACGGGACUGGAUACCAGGUUGUCCCACGGUUGACAGCCUCUCGCAGAGCAUCCAUAAGAGCAAGUGGACAGUAUUCAUCUUGACCAACAGCUACAUCAAAAGCGGUGGCUUCAAGACGGCGUUCUACAUGGCCCACCAGAGGCUCAUGGAUGAGAAAAAAGAUGUCAUCGUUCUCAUCCUCUUGGAGAAAGUACCUUGCAACUCGAAGUACCUGAGACUGAGAAGGCGGUUGUACAAACGAUCUGUCCUGGAGUGGCCAACAAAUCCACAAGCUGAACCGUAUUUCUGGUACAGCCUCAGGAGUGUGUUACUGACCCAGGGACAGACACAGUACAAUAGUCUUUUCAAGGAGACGCUGUAGAUCACACAUGUCAAACUCAGGGCCUGGGGUCACAUCUGACCCGACAAGUCCUUUUACAUGUCCUGAAGGAAUUGCCUCCAUAUUAAUUUCAAGCUCAUAAAAAAAAAGAAAAAAAGUAAAUGGCGAAGAAAGAUGUUGAGCCCAACGAUGGGAGAGAACCACUA